CGCCAGCCACGCCAUGCCGUCCGUCGAGCUCAACCCUGCCGCCUACCGCGCCGUCUUCUCGUCGCGCGGCUUCUACAACAUCCUCCUCGGCAACGUCCUCGGCGCCACCGUCUGGCAUGGCUUCUUCGGCGGCCCCAUCGCGUACCGCAUCCUCGGCCGCAAGCCCUUCUCGACUCUCCAAGAGGCCAUCUUCCCGAAGCUGUUCCUCCUCCAGACGGGCUCGGCCGUCGUCCUCGCGAGCCUGUACGGCCGCGGCUCGACCGCGCUCACAAAGGUCGAGUGGACGCGCUUCUACCGCUCGAGCGACCGCAACGUGUGGGCGCUCGCCAUCAUGGCCGGCUCCGGGCUCGCCAACUGGCUCGUCCUCGGGCCGUGGACCACGAAGGUCAUGAAGAUCCGACACCGUCGCGAGCGCAUCGAGGACAAGGAGUACAACGACCCCAAGGCCUCGCCCGAGAUGAAGCAGCUCAACCGCCGUUUCGCCGUCCUGCACAGCGUCGCGAGCCUGCUCAACCUCGCCUUUAUCUCGGCCGCCGCGACCCACGCCGCGUACCUCGCCGCGUUCCCGCCGGCGUGAGUCGCGCGCGAGGGCGAGGGCGAGGGGGCGAUGUGUGUGUGUGCUGGGGAGAGGAG